CAGCUCACCAGCUCACGUAACGCUAGCAGUCCCAUUCCAGCCACAUACUUGUUUCUCACAUUUAUUACUUAGUCCCUACUACUCUCAUUUCAUGCUCCCUUCAUCAUCUAAUAAGGAAUUUUAUCACUUUGUUUUUCAGCAGCUACAGAGUCGCCAUGAAGACAUCUCUUCCAGUAACUCGACCGCAGAGCUCAGAGAGCGAUUCCGACAUGGAUCAACUUUACGAUCGAAGCAUCAUAGUUCCCACCAAAGUCAUUGCUUUAGCAGAAAGCUUUGAGAAAAAGGAACACUCCUGGUAUGUUACUUCCCAAAUUCCAACAGAUCUAUCAAUCCAAGUUCAAGACAUCACUUUUACUGUCCACAAGUAUCCCUUGGUAUCAAAAUGUGGCUACAUAGGCCAUCUAGAACUUCAGCCUUCCAUUUCAAAUUUUGGGUACGAACUUAAGCUAGAAAACUUCCCAGGUGGACCAGAAACAUUCGAAGUCAUUCUAAAGUUCUGUUAUGGCCUCCCACUAGACUUAAACCCCCACAACAUAGCAGCAAUAAGAUGUGCAUCAGAAUUCCUAGAGAUGAGUGAAGAACUUGAAGAUGGAAACCUCAUCUCAAAGACCGAAGCUUUCCUCACAUUUGUUGUCCUUUCCUCAUGGAAAGAUACCAUCACUGUUCUUAAAUCUUGCGAAGCUUUAUCUCCAUGGGCAGAAAAUCUACAAAUUGUUAGAAGAUGUUGCGACUCAAUUGCAUGGAAGGCUUCUAGAGACAAUUCAACAAUAGCAGAUGUAGUUAAUGAAGAAGGAUGGUGGCUUGAUGAUGUAGCCGGUCUUAGGAUUGAUCACUUCAUGAGGAUUAUAACUGCAAUAAGAGCGAAGGGAACAAAACCAGAAAUCAUUGGUAAAUGCAUAAUGUGCUAUGCGACAAGAUGGUUGCCGGGCAUGGAUGUGGAGGUAGAAGGACUAAGAGGUUAUGGGUAUGGAAAAAAUGAAUUGCAGUUCAGCAUCUUGAGCGGGAAGAAUGAAGAUGAGUGCGUUGGACACAACAAGGAGCAAAAGACCAUUAUUGAAAGCCUAGUAAGCCUGCUUCCUCCUCAACCAGAAGCUGUCCCAUGUAAGUUCUUGUUGAAGAUGUUAAAGAUGGCCAUAGUGUAUUCAGCAUCAUCAGCUUUAAUUGCAGAGCUAGAAAAGAGAGUGGGGCUGACAUUGGAGAAUGCCAGCGUGAAUGAUCUUUUGAUUCCUAAUUAUAAAACUGAAGAUCAAGUGAAAAUGAAUAAACAACAAGAACAACGCACAAUGCACGACAUAGAUGUGGUACAACGAAUUGUUGAAUACUUUUUGAUGCAUGAACAAGAGCAGCAGCACCAACUACAACCAAUAUCAGGCAAAUCAAAUGUCAGUAAGCUCAUGGAUAGUUACCUAGCUGAGAUUGCAAGGGACCCAAAUCUUUCAAUCACCAAAUUUCAAGUUUUAGCAGAAGCACUACCAGAAAAUGCAAGAACAUGUGAUGACGGUCUUUAUAGAGCUAUUGAUACCUACCUGAAGACACAUCCUUCACUCUCCGAGCAUGACCGGAAAAAGAUAUGCAAAGUUAUGAACUGCGAGAAAUUAUCACUCGAUGCGUGCAUGCAUGCUGCACAAAAUGACAGGUUGCCUCUAAGAACUGUGAUUCAGCAAGAGAAAUGGACAUGCAGGUAUUGUUCUCAGAGCAAGUAAAAAUGAGGGCAGCAAUGAGAGGAAAAGAGCCAGCAGUAAGUGGCAAUAACUCAGAGCAUGAGGUGACUCAACCAUCAACAAAAACAGAGAUCAUGACCCUGAAAUCAGAACUUGAGAAUGUAAAGGAAAAGAUGGCAGAACUGCAGAAAGACUACUCUGAGCUGCAACAUGAAUAUGCAAAGCUAAAUAGCAAGCAUAGAAAUUUAUCAGGGUGGAUUCUCAGUUGGAAAAAGAUCAGGAAAUCAGCUCUCUUCAAUAGAAAAGUAGAAGGGGAUGGCACCAGUGAAGAACAGCAGAGAAGUAAUCCACUAACCCACAAAGACAACCCUAGAAGAAGACAAUCUGUAUCAUAGUUUUGUAACAGUUAAAAGAAAAGAGAAAUAUAAAUAUUGCAAUAUCCUCCUUAUUAGAAGUUCAGAUGAAAUUCUCAUUU